AUGGCCGACCCAGAGGGACUGGAAGAUGAUCUCUUCGCUGAUCUCUACGACGCCGAUGAAUCGACAAACCGCACGACUUCUGCAGUAGAGGCACCCAAGCCCGCAGAACCAACACCAGCAGUCCCUGCACAGCCUGCCAUGGAGUCAACCCCACAGAGCUAUGACCCUUCGCCAGUAGACACAUACGCGACACAGUCUCAACCACAGCAGAGCUAUGGCGGUGGUUACCACCAGAAUGGCUCUGAGAGCGCUUACGCCACCCCCUCAGCCCCCGCCCCCGCAGAGAAUGAGUCUCACGGAACGGGAAUCAAGGAAGAUGGGAAAAUGUUUAUCGGUGGUUUGAACUGGGAGACUACAGAUCAAUCUCUUCGGGAUUAUUUUUCGCAGUUUGGAGAGGUCCAAGAGUGCACUGUAAUGCGGGACAGCGCCACAGGCCGCUCUCGUGGCUUCGGCUUCCUGACUUUCCGUGACCCUAAGACUGUGAACACUGUCAUGGUGAAGGAGCAUUACCUGGAUGGCAAGAUUAUUGACCCCAAGCGCGCCAUCCCACGUGAUGAGCAAGAAAAGACCAGCAAGAUCUUCGUCGGUGGUGUCAGUCAAGAGGCGACAGAUCAGGACUUCAAGCAAUUCUUUAUGCAAUUUGGCCGUGUCGUGGAUGCGACCCUGAUGAUUGACAAGGAUACUGGCCGUCCCCGUGGCUUCGGCUUCGUCACCUUUGACAGCGAGACCGCUGUAGACAAUGCCCUCUCCCGACCCCUUGAAAUCUUGGGCAAGCCCAUCGAAGUGAAGAAAGCCCAGCCCCGCGGCAAUCUGCGUGACGAGGACCGAGGAGGUCGUCGAGGUGGCCGAGAUGGAGGAGGUUAUCGAGACAUGAACCAGGGAGGCGAAAGUGCCCCCCAGCAGGGUGGCCAGCAAGGCAUGGCCGGUGGAAUGACCCCGCAGAUGAUGGCACAGUACUGGCAACGCAUGCAGCAAUACUUCGCCAUGAUGCAGCAACAGAUGGCUAUGGCAGGCCAGGGCCAGCCCCAGGGAAUGGCCGGUGGCAUGGGUAUGGGUGGUAUGAACCCGGCCAUGCUCCAGCAGAUGCAGCAGAUGCAACAGAUGAAGGGUAUGGGUGGCAACCCCCAGCAGCCACAGGGCAGCAUGAGCCCCAACCCCAACCCUCAGAGCCCUGGAUCCUCCCAGUCCCCUAUGCCCAACAUGAUGAACCCCGCCAUGAUGCAACAGAUGCAAAACCAGGGCCAAGGACAAGCAGCCGCACCCGCUAGUGGUAACGGAAGCGCCAGCCCCGGCCCCAAUGCAGCAUACAACCGCCAGCCUGGUGGCCCCGGUUACAACGCCCAGGAGCAGAUCGCCUUUGAGCAGCAGAAGUACGAGCAACAGCAGGUUCGCCGCCAUAUGGAGGGCCGCGCUUUCUCCCCCUACCAGCAGGGUGGCCCAACCUCGUGGGAGGGCAUGUACGACGAAGUGCCCCAACCCAACAAUCCCGGUGGGCAAGAUGCAGGAGCUUCUCAGAUCCAGAGCGCUGCUCCAGCCAAUGCUCCCACAGGACCGCGAAACGCCGGCAAGCCCGGUGCAAACUACCGCGGCGGUGGCCGAGGAGGCCAAGGACAUCGCGGCUUCCACCCCUAUUCCCGUUAA